ACCUGCAACCAUCCAUGAUCCAUCUACCACUCUGCUCCCCUCCUCUCCUUCUUAUCUGCUACAGCAAUUAUAUAUUUCCCCCGAGGCAAUUUCGGCGUGCUUUACUUACCAGCGGCCUGUUUUUCCCUCCCCCUGACACAAAAAGGCCAAAUCUUUUUUUGUUAAUUAGGAAAAAGAAAGAGCGCGUGUGAACUGGCGAGGGUGGGAAAAAGGGGGAUAUAUUGGAGGCUGUAGGCAGGAAAUUAUGGGAGCUGGGUAGGAGUAGCUGGAAAAUUCUGUGAAUUCGUCCUUCUCUCCCUCUUGUGAUCUUCUCCGUUUGUAGCGCUGGAGUGAGCUCGUGAUGUCUCCAUUUUAGGACGGAGGAGUGUGCAAGUGUGCUUCUUCCUCUUAUUAUUAUCAUUUCUUUUCUGUUUGCACCCCAGAUAUUUCCUUUUGCUGCAACUGUUGAGCUCCAAAUCUGCCGUGGUUCAUUUCGUCUUUGAAUCCGGAGGGAGAAGGGGAUCUGCCAUUUCUGUGCUCGGUUCACCAAAUUCUUGCUCGAGCUUGCUCUUUCUCUUGAGAUUUUACCGUUCCCUUUUCAGUUUCUUGGAGCUUCCUAAAUCCUAAUCCCUAGUCCUAACCUCGCUUGAGCGCUCGUGAGCUUAGUUAGCGGUGUGAAAAUCGCAGCGUGGAGUGUUUUCGUGCAAGAAUCGGUUGCUGCUGCUGCUAGCCAUGGAGGUGAGGUCCGAGCAAGGGCUAAUGGCGGGAAGGGAUCUGUUCGGCUUGCCCAAGAGCCAGCCAGCGCCGGCGUCGGCCGCGCCAGCAGCGCCGCCGUCCUCCGCAGCCAUGCAGAGCAUGCGCAUGGCGUACACCGCGGACGGCACGCCCGUGUUUGCCCCGGUGAGCUCUGCGGUCGCGCCGCCUGGUUACCAACCGGCAGGGUCUGCAGCACCAGCACAUGGCUCUAGCAUGUCCGCUGCUCGGGCCCCCGGAGGAAAUGGCGUCGCGGCGCCGCCGGGCAUGGGUGAACCGUCGGCGAAGAAGAAGCGCGGGCGGCCAAGGAAGUACGGGCCCGACGCGGCCAUGUCUCUGGCGCUGGUGACCGUGCCGACGGCCGCAGGCUCGCCAGCUGUGACACAGGGUGCUUCUGGGCGGCCCUUCUCACCCACGCUGCCGGGAAACUUCGUGCCGUCGGCGUCGCCGGAUGGAGGGAAGAAACGCGGCCGGCCCAAGGGAUCUACCAACAAGCCCCGCGUGGAUGGUGCUGGGCCGGCAGGAGUUGGAUUCACACCUCAUGUUCUUACAGUUCAAGCUGGAGAGGAUGUAUCGUCAAAGAUUAUGUCAUUUUCUCAGAAUGGGACUCGUGCAGUUUGUGUUCUCUCAGCAAAUGGUUCCAUAUCAAAUGUAACACUUCGUCAAACUGGUACAUCAGGUGGAACUGUAACAUAUGAGGGCCGAUUUGAGAUACUGUCGCUCUCUGGGUCGAUCUUUGUAACGGACAACGGAGGCCAGCGUACCCGAACAGGGGGGCUCAGCGUUUCGCUGGCUGGUCCUGACGGUCGUCUCUUGGGUGGAGGGGUCGCAGGACUUCUCAUAGCAGCUUCUCCAAUCCAGAUAGUAGUGGGAAGCUUCAAUGCUUGUGGGAAAAAAGAGCCAAAGCCGCAAGCUCCUUCUGAGCCCGUACCACUGAAGGUCGUUCCGAGCACUGGGAUGGCAGCCAACAGCCCCCCUUCAAGAGGCACAUUGAGCGAAUCGUCCGGUGGUACCGCAAGCCCGAGACAUCAAGGCUACGCCUCCAACAACAAUAACCAGCCGCCGAUCUUGUCCAGCAUGCCCUGGAAAUGAACUCAGCAUCCUUGACCGAAUUCAGACAUCGAUAGACUGUCGGUGAACUGCCUCCCUGGCAGGAAGUAGAAAUGUCAUUCUGUCUAACUAGCUCCCAUUUAGUCGUAUAAAUCAGAAGUUUAAUUAGGGAGCAAUGUAGCUGGUAUGAGUGGUAACUGCAGCUGCUGUGUAGGUCGUCUCAGCUUGAAUUUCUGUGCCAGUUAGUUGUUUAUUGUUGUCUUGAGAUGAUGUAUUUAGGUAUGAUCUUGUGACCCUAUGAGGCGCCACGAAAUAAUUAUGUUUUUAUGUUCAAUCAAUUCAUGUAAAUUUCAUGUA